CCUUCUGCUGAAGCUGACCAGCGCGGGCCCCCCACACUGCUCAUCAGCUCUACUUUUUGCCAUAUAGCCGGGUACUCCGUCUGGCGCUCCAUUUUCAACCGGGCAGAUCAGAGCCCAUCUGUCCCGACUCUCAUCCCGCCACCAUGGCUGAGCCAGCGACGACCCCCUCGGCUACCCAAGCGAAGCUCACCUGGGCACAGCGCGCGAAGAAGGCGCAGGCGACCAGCAAGCCCCCCUCGACGACACCGCCGACAGUCCCCUCGGCGGGUAUCGCAGCUGCGAACUACCGAUCAUCCGCCGCGAGCACGAUCUCUACGUCCAGCGCCGGCAGCACCUUCGUCUCCUCCCUCAAGUCCCCGACAUCCGUAUCCUCCCCCACCGAUGUGCACACCCCCGCAUCCUCCGUCGUGGCCACGACCCGGCCCUCGUCCCCCGCGUCGCAGCCGAAGGCGCUGAACGGGGACGCGCAAAAUUCACCCGCGCGCGCUGCAUCGGCGCUGUCGCCGCAGAAGUCCCCCACCGUCAACGUCUGGGCGAUAAGGAAGGAGCAGAUGGCCGCGAACCAGUCCGGCGCUACCUCUGGCACCCAAUCCGCGGCUACGGGCUCCUCCCCUUCCUUGUCAUCCACCGCCUCCCCCGCCGUCAGCACGGUUCCCACGAGCACGCAAAAUGACGAAGACGAUCCUUUCGUCGUGAAACACAGACGACAUCACUGGAAUACGCAAUGGAGUCGCCCUGCCGUCCCACCGGCAGUAGAGGACAAAGAGAGCUGGCCAGAGAUCGGGAAAGCGGUCACGCCGCCGAGUGCGGCUCUGAAAGGAGGGACGAGAGCUUCUGUCAGCGAGGCAUCUCAGGGGACACGAGACGAAGAUGGUACACGAGCUAGUAGCUCGACCAGAAAGGGCGAGAAACCCAAGUGGAUACCAAUCCCAGCCGAAGAAUUGCAGGCAGCCGCAGACGCAAACAUGAGACGUCAAGGCCGCAAUCCCCAAGCACGCAGCAACUUCCGAUCAUCGGGUCCUCACAAUGCUGGCCCGUCCUCUGUCCACUCCAGAGGCCCCUCAGUCCCCGCGUCACGCAUCUCCUCCGUCCCUCACAGUAGGGCUCAGUCCGUGGCCAACUCGCGACAUCAGAGUCGCGCAGGCAGUGUGCAGACGAGUCCCUUUGUUGCGAUCGAGCCGCUCCCUGAGGAGCAGGCUCGUAGCCAACAAGGCGAUGCGCCAGUCGAUGCCAACGGUACGGCUGGCAAGGGUGCUAUCAACUCGAACUUCGCCUUAGGGUCCAGUCGUCCCUCAGCUGAGAAUCCUCCACGUCCAUAUCCCUACGAAGGCCCGCCACGGCCCUUUGAGCCAGUACAUGGGUACGGGCAACCCGUCUCCGCCCACGGCUACCACCUCUCCCUCAAUGUCCACACCUUCUACCCCUCCAGCGCCCCCUCCUCACAAAAUGAGUCCCCGUACUCGUCGCACGCCCCGAGCCCUUACCCGCCCAUUCAGCUGGGUUACCCGUCGCACACCCACUCACCGUCCUACUCCGCACACGGCGCGUCUCCGGCGUUCUCGUAUCCGCCGCACGCGCUGCCGCCCAACGGCAUGCCGCCGUAUCCCCCGCCGCUGCCGUUCUUCGGAGGGCAGCCAAUGGCGCCGAACGGCCCAUAUGCACCAUAUCCGUAUGGGGCGCCGCCGGUGCCGGCGCACGUACCACACACGUCCAUCGAGAGCGAAAUUCUCGUUUCGCAUACCCCGCGGGCGGAGGACGGGCCACAGGCGAGCGGACCGCCAAAUGCACAGCCAACAGGUGUACAGGCGAAGCCGCCUGCGCCUGAGGAGUCGGCCGCUGUUGCCGGCUACCGAAAUAUCACGGAGAAGGAGGUGAAGCCCGCGGUCGUCUUUGGGAGCAUCGCGCCGGAUGGGACGCAGUUGAGCGGGCCGCUGAGCCCGCAGCAGACGGGGGCGGCGGCGUCGCCGUCGGUGCAGGAGACGGAGAAGGCGUUUACGAAGUUUACGAUCGGCGUGAAGCCAGGGGAGGCGCGGGCCAAAGUGAAUGGGGUGGAGAAGGAGAACCUGCCGGUGGCGGGGGAGCGAGAGAUCAUCGACCUGACGGGCCAGGAGCCUGCGGUGGAUGCGCCGAAGUGGCGCUUUGGAUCGACGGAGGGCGAGGGUGCGAAUGGUGCGGCGGAAGGGGGGCAGCCUCCGGCAGCAGGCCAUGCGCAGAAAGCGUCGACGAGCGAGAGCACGGACACUGACCUGGAGCGGCACGGGGCAUGCGGUGCACAUGUCCAGGGAGGGCUUAAGGCGGCGUGAGCAGGAGCGCCAGUACGAGCUCGAGCGUUUCCACUAUGAGAGGCGGGAGAGGGAUUACAGCGAGGGGCGUGGUGGAGCGCCAGGACCGGAAUUCCCCGGUCGUGGACGCAGGGGCGGCUUCGUGGACCGUCCCUUCCGUCCGCGCGGGCGUGGCGGGCGGGGCUAUCGAGGCGCACGCUACGAGCGGGGAGGUGGGCCGAUACCGCGGCAGCCGCCGUCGCCGUAUAACGUGUCGCCCCUGCCGCCGUUCCAGCCCUUGAUGAUGGGCGAGGCGCCGCCGCCGGGCGGGGUGCCGUACCCGCCGCCUUUCGU